UUGAAAGGAACAUGAGCACAAAUCAGAUGUUCAUAAACCAAAUCAAAGUGUCUGUUUGUGAGACUGUGAAGAAGAUUGAUUCUAUAUACUAAAAUAGAUUACUAAUUUACUAAAUAUGGAUCCAUCAUAAAGCCGGUUGAAAGGAAAAGUCCUAAUGCAGACGCCAAAAGCUAGUCUCUCCUAAUAUAAAUACAAAGAAAAUGCAACGAAAAAGCCAAUGUCUUCUAUUUGUCUCUAUGUUUCUUCUUCUUACCCUUUUUCCCACCAUUCUCUCCCUCGUUUUCUUUCUUUCUGAGUGGUUUAUAGACUAAUUAUUUGGAAAAGUUUUUGACAAAUUUGGGGUUGGGGAUGGAAUCAGGGAAACAAGGAAGCUCUGAUGCUUCGAGUGAAGAAAAUGAUCGGGUUGAUCCAGUCAAGGGCGACAUGGCUGCAACCACCAAACGCUCCUAUGAGUGCACUUUUUGCAAGCAAGGCUUCACCAACGCUCAGGCCUUAGGGGGGCACAUGAACAUACACCGAAAAGAUCGAGCCAAGGCUAAGCAACCAACGAGUUCUUCGGUUCCAACUGAGCCAAUGAAUGAGGAGUACUACAUGAACCCUAGAUAUGUUCCACCAUUAAUCCCAACUGAACCAUCAAAGGACUAUCCGGUUUUCGAAGCUAAAAGGAAUUAUCACUUUUAUUUUCAGCCACCAGUGUCUAGCCCUAGACUCCCAUAUGCUUAUUGUGACAGUGACUUUCUUGUGCCCGCCAGGUCUCCAUCUUUGAGCACGAAUGAAGAGCUUUCCGGAGCAAAUUUGAGCCUUCAAAUUGGCCCUACAAAUGUAGAUGAUAGUGAAGUGAAUAGAAUGAAAGAAGAUGAAGUGGAUUUGGAGCUUCGACUCGGUCACGAUCCAUAG